CUGCUUUCAUUUUCCAGCAGCUCGAGACGCUACGACUGAGAGUGGGAGCUCGCGCUUCUUGCUCCAGGGGAAUAUUACCUCCGAUGCACUCGAGAUAACAGACAAGAACACGCUGCUCACCUCCUGGUUCCGACCACUUGCGCGUGAAGUUACGAGCGUACAGUUCCGCCGGCGCACGAGCUGCUCUCGUGGUCUCAAGUGUCACCGGCGCCGGGUUUGAAUGUGUUUCAUGUGUUUGCGCUCAGCGGCGAGGAAGACUUAUUACUCGGGCAACAUUUCCAGGCGCGUCGGCGUGUGGCUUCACCCCCGUGGAUGCGGCUGUCGGGGUCGCUGUCUGAGCCCUGCGGGACCCGCCUGUCAUAGAGCACCAUGAUGUCUCUGCUUCUUCACAAGUGGAUGAGGAAUAUUUCACCGGAGAUGCUGCUGUUGGUGCAGAUCUUGUGUUUUUUACCUCUGACUGGAGCCGCUCCGUCCCAGACGACCGAGCAGCUGGACACCGGGGUGGACUGGCUGAGUAAGUUUGGCUACCUCCCGCCCCCUGACCCAGUGACUGGUCAGCUUCAGACUAAGGAGGCCCUGACCAAGGCCAUCAAAGCCAUGCAGAAGUACGGAGGCCUGAAGGAGACCGGAGUCUGGGACCAAGCCACGAUGGGUCUGAUGAAGACACCCAGAUGUUCUCUGCCAGAUGUUUCUGAGGCGGAGGGGUCAAUGGGCCGCAGGAAACGCGGCUUGAACCCUCAGAACAAAUGGAGUAAGAGACAUCUUUCCUGGAGAGUGAGGACCUACCCUAAGGAUUCGGCCUCACUGGGCAGGGACACGGUCCGAGCCCUGAUGUACUACGCCCUGAAGGUCUGGAGUGACAUCGCACCGCUGAACUUCCAUGAAGUGGCCGGCAGUGACGCGGACAUUCAGAUCGACUUCACUAAGGCCGACCACAACGAUGGAUAUCCCUUUGACGGGCCAGGGGGAACGGUGGCGCACGCUUUUUUCCCCGGAGAGAGAUUCACAGCUGGGGAUACACACUUUGAUGAUGACGAGGCCUGGACCUUCAGAUCUCCAGACUCUCAUGGGAUGGAUCUGUUUGCGGUUGCGGUCCAUGAGUUUGGUCACGCCAUCGGCCUGGUCCACACCUCAGCCAUAGAGUCCAUCAUGAGACCGUACUACCAGGGUCCUGUAGGAGACCCUCUGAAAUACGACCUACCCUAUGAAGACAAGGUCCGCGUCUGGCAGCUCUACGGUGUCAGAGACUCGGUGUCCCACACAAACAGACCAAGCAACCCGUCCCAGACGGCUGAACCUCCUGUCCUUCUGGACCUUCCUGAAAACAGAUCCACUCUCCUGUUGGCUCGGGACGCCCCAGACAGAUGCACCAGUAAUUUUGAUGCCGUGGCCCAAAUACGAGGGGAGGCCUUCUUUUUCAAAGGGAAGUACUUUUGGCGACUAACAAGAGAGAAGGACCUGGUGUCUCUGCGUCCGGCUCAGAUCCACCGCUUCUGGAGGGGCCUCCCAACCAAUCUGGACAGUGUGGAUGCUGUUUAUGAGCGGCCUGGGGAUCACAAGAUAGUCUUCUUCAAAGGUCUAAAGUACUGGGUAUUUAAAGACAAUAACGUGGAGGAGGGCUACCCUCGUCCAAUCAGUGACUUUGGCCUGCCCUUGGAAGGAGUGGAUGCAGCCUUUGUGUGGUUACACAACGACAAAACCUACUUCUUCAAGGACAGCCACUACUGGCGCUACGAUGACCACCUGAGGCGUAUGGACCUGGGCUACCCCAAAGACAGCACGCUCUGGAAGGGGCUGCCAACACAGCUGGAUGACGCCAUGAGGUGGUCUGAUGGCUCAUCCUAUUUCUUCAAGGGGAAGGAGUACUGGCGAGUGCCGACCAGCGACAUGGAGGCGGAGGCCGGAUACCCGCGCCUCAUCGCUAAAGACUGGCUGCUGUGCACCGAGAUGCAGUCGGACUCUCCGGACUCAGAACCCAAAAGCACGGAGACGAGAGUCAACGUGCGCCAUCAGCCGGACCACGCGGAGAACGGGUACGAGGUGUGCUCCUGCACCUCUGACACCGCCUCGCCUUUGGGAGCGCGGCCCUCCCCGUCUCCCCUGUGGCUGCUGCCGCCUCUCUGGACGCUCUCGCUGGCCCUCCGCUCAGAACUGCUAUGAUGCCAAAGCACGGGACAAAGUUCCUGAGCUGAUUGGUGAAGGCAGAGACUCAUUGGUGGCGCGCCGGAGGAAACUCGUACGGAAUACAAACUGGAACAAUUUGUUCAUAUACAUAUCAAUUGGUAUGUUUUUUUUUUCUAUUAUUUUUUCUGUUAUUUAUUUCACAUGCCAUUUGAUGGUCAUUUAAAGCGUCUUGCUGUAUGGGUUGUACAUACAGUUAUCAUAUUAUCAUACUAUGAUGUAUGUCUGUGUCUGCUGGGCGUCCACAAUGCUAGUGCCGUGCUUCACAAAUGGAGUUACACAGAAUCAUAACUUCUAUCUCUCCGUUUCUUCUUGAAUGGCUAAACUGCAUCUUCUUUGCUAGGAAGAGUACUUGAGUGUGGCAUUUCUGAAAUAUGUUCACUUGAAAUACAGCAGUAUUCCAACAGACUUUUUUCAUGUUCAACAAGUUCACAACAAUACAACAGUUGAAUGGUAACCUGAGAUGUAACAGGGGGAUUCAUUUAAAGGCACGUUGUUACCUGAAAGGAAUAGUUCGACAUUUGGAGAAAUGUAAUAUAUUUAUUCUCUUUCUUGCCGACAGAAAUAUGCUAACUUAGCUUAGCAUUUAGAUGGGGAAAAAGGGGGAAACGGCAAACCAGGCUUUUGUUAGAUUCGGUCAUAGACAGACUAGCAGUUUCCAGGUUUUGUGCUAAGCAGGUCCAGACUGUAACCUUUUAUUUACCUUACAGAUAUGAGAAUGAUAUUGAUCUUAUCAUCUAAACCUCGGCAUGAAAGCACAAAUGUGUAUUUCCCAAUGUCAAACUAUUGCUCUAUAUAAUGCCUGGAAAGUGGAACUUCCUGCAAGGCUGCUUACGGCCUUCGAUAAUUCUCCACCAAUCAAAUGGUUAUGAUUAAGUGUAAGUUGGUUACAGAUAAGGUUGUGACGGUGGCUGGAGAAAGUCUUUGAACCCUGACAGGAAGCGCUGCCUGCAGUACUCAAACCAGGGCACAGGAUGACAUCUCGGAUAUACAGUAGAUACAGUAGACAGGUGACUGCAACCCCGACAGACAGCUGAACAAGUACCCCUGAAAUGUAGUGGAGAUUGAUAGUUAGGUUAACAGAUGAAUGGCCCCAUGGGAUGUUGACAGGGAGAUAAAUAAAUGGCAUGCUGGGAUGCCGACGGGUAGAUGAAUUGCAUCCAGGGCUGUGAACAGGUCGACCGGUGAGUUCCAUCCACAGCUACGGGAAGAGAAAGGCACCCUGUGCCGUGGGAAGUGGGACAACAGUAGGAAGUCUAAAUGUUUCUCAGUGUCGCUUAACGCCAUUAUCUCGGCUUAUAUCUCUUACCUAUACUACCACGCUCUGUGAAGAACUGCUGCGCACGUAUCUCCAAAGGUUCCUUUUAAACUGCGGUUUUGUAGUACUUUUGGUAUAAAUAUGGACAGAUUGUGAUUCCAUAUUGCUUUGAUCAGAUUACAGUUCAUCUAGACUUAUAUUUCCCCUCACCGCUGGACGACACCCUCUUAUCAAUCCAAGCUCCUUCUGGUGACGUUGUUCACGAGAUAGCAACCGAAUUUAUUCUUCUUGUUGAUAUAUUUACCUACAAUUUAAAUAAAGACACAGAUAUAUUUGAGUCGAGACGUCCCAUGGUUACUUCAGAAAUCAAGUGGACUGUGUAUAUUUCAAGGUGUGUUUUCUAAUGUAAAAUAUUUUUGUAGAAAAAUUAAAGUAUAUGAAUGAAUUUAUUGACCUGACCGUGGUC